AUGUCGUCAGUUGGAUAUUGUUUCAAUAUAUGUCGAACUAUCGACAAAAAUUUAACUCAACAACGACGAUCUUCUUUAUCUCAACCGAUUACAUCAAAUAUAUCUACAAAUCCUGGUGCUUUAAUAUUUGGACGUCGUUUCUCCUUGUCUGAUAUGAUGAUACUUCCACAUAUAGGUUUAUCUUCUCACCAAGAAAAUAGUUCAUCAACUGAUCAAAUUCAAGAAUGA